UGAAGCCAUGCGAGAAUAAGUCCAACCACUGACGAAGGUCUACGAGAAUCCUGCGAAUCGCGCACCCAAACCUCUUUUAACGCCGAUCAGACCACAUUCAAAGGUGUUACCGUGUACUACAUGUACGCCCUUACAUCUUCCUGCACAUGUGCUCAAUGUAUUAGCUGUGCUAGGUCAUUGUUCCUGAAAUUGACAGGCAAAGACUCCGAGGUUCAUGUACACAGAGUUCAUCAAACUGCGGGCUGACAAGGUUCUGGAGAAGGCAGUGGUGCCGGAGGGGCGAUAUAGCAAACUGUGGUAUGGGAAGGACCAGGGCGGGGCUCCGUUCUUCGCGUCGAGCCAGGUUGCUUUGGGUGCAUUCGUGACGGAUGAACUGGAUGAAGCGGGAUUGGACCGCCGAUACUUUGGUGCAUUGGUUUGAGAAUGUGGUCUCUGCCAGAAACCCUUGGAUAUAAUAUCCCGGACAUAACACUACUAUACAAAUCAUAGUACCAGUACACACUUGUACGCACAUAGCUCUGCCUGUGUUUUCGCAUCUAUUACCCAUGACGGAGUCCUGGGUUCAUGUGGGCACUUCGGAAUUGGCCGACGGCAAUGUUAUUCCCGUUUCUUCUGUGGAACCUGCACCAGGGGUCGGUAUU